AUGGCCUCUGGAGUGUCCCCUCCUUCAAAGCGAAUCAGGACCUCAGUCUCUAGCAGCGCUCCAUCUCACCUUCUAGCCCAUCAACAACUUCAUCCUUUCACGAGAGUGCCUCCCUUUGAUGGAAUUCCCAUGCCCUCAGCCCAAAUCUCUCCUACAAACCCACGAAAACGCCGCUCCUCGCCUCAGUCAGGCUCCACGACAGUCAUGGCUGCACCACUCGCUACUACUGGGGAUGCUGAGCAUGACUCUACUGCUGUCGCAAGCGCGCCAGAGCCCGUUCCUAGAAAAAAGGGGCGAACUAAUACUCCCUGGACUGCAGAGGAGGAGCAGAGACUGAAGGUGAUGCGUGAUGCUGGUCGCAGCUGGAGCGAGAUAGCCAAGGCGUUUCCUACUCGAACUGAGGGCAGUGUUAAGAAGCAUUGGUAUAAGGAUAUGCACUAUGCCGAGUUCGCGGAAGAUGAGUCUGUUGCGCUGCGAGAGGCGAUCAAGGAAUACGAGGCCAACAAAUGGAAGGUCAUCGGGCAGAAAGUCGGAAAACCUGCUAAGGCAUGCGAGCAAUAUGCAAAAGAGCAUUUCAAGAGUCUUUGA